AUGGCUCGUCAAGCCACUGCAGCAGCACUCAGUUUCUCACCGCAGCAGGGCUCACGCACUGACAAUCACCGCAACAUGGCUCAUAUUCUCACCGCAGCAACGCUGACAUCAAAACUUGAUCUUACAGAUGAUACUCCUGUUGUCCAGAAUGUCAAGAUAAAGGUUCACAAAGACAAUGCUGCUCCUGUUGUUGAUGAGACUCCAACUGAGGAGUUGGAUAAGUCAGAUACUGGUCCUGCUGCUCAGAAGCGCAAGAUUGGGAAACGAAUUCCAGAAAAUGUGCAUGCUGCUCCUUUGGAUAAUAUUUCUUUUCACUCUGAAGAGAGUGUUGGUAAGUGGAAGUAUGUUUAUCAGCGCAGGAUUGCUCAAGAGAGGGAAUUGACUGGGGAGAUUCUGCAUUGUCAAGAAAUCAUGAAACUUCUUGAGGCUGCUGGGUUAUUGAAAACUGUUACUGAGAUAGGUGGCUGCUAUGACAAGUUGGUGGGAGAAUUUAUUGUGAAUGUGACUACAAAUUGCACUGUUUCUGGGCAUCCUGAUUUCAGGAAAGUUUUUGUGCGUGGUAAGUGUGUCCAUUUUUCACCUGAGAUCAUUAACCAGUAUUUGGGGAGGAGCACUGUUGCCACAGGAAAUGAAGAGCUGUCAUUGAGUGCUAUCACUAAAGAACUCACGGCUGGUCAGACUAUGGUAUGGCCUGCUAAAGGAUUGCUGUCUUCUACUUAUUUGAGUGUGAAGUAUGCUAUCUUGAAUCGCAUUGGUGCUGCAAAUUGGGCUCCUACUACACAUAGCUCAGAUGUUUCUUCAGGUUUGGCAAAAUUAAUUUAUCUGGUUGGAACUCAAACUCAGUUUGAUUUUGGUGAAUAUGUCUUUGCUCAAACUAUGAAGCAUGCUGAAACUUUUGCUGUCAGGCUUCCUAUUGGUUUUCCUUGUUUAAUUUGUGGGAUUAUUUUAAGUCAACAUCCUCAAAUUCUCCUUGAUGAUGAGGUUCCUAGCAAGAAAGCUAGUCUUCUCACUAUUGAUUCCAGGCUGCUAGCUGGUGCCCAUGUUUCUGAUGUUGCUGAUUUGGCUGAGAUGACUCAGGGGGAGGGUACUUCCUCUCAGAAGACUCCUGAGACUCCAAUUGCUGCGCUUAUUGCUGUGUCUAAGAUGCUUCAGGACACGAUUACUAGUUGUACAUUGCGGAAGAAGAAUGUGGACACUCUCAUUCUGCAGUUGACUAAAGGCAAGAGGCCUCUUGAAGACAAUGCUGCUGCUAAUGAUCGAGAUGAUGUUGGUACUUCUGAUGAUGAUACUACUAGUGAUUAG